AGAAGAACUUUGUUUAUGUUUAUAUUGUUCUAUCAUUUCAUGUAAGUUUUCUUACCCAACUCUGCCAUUACCUUAUACUACAUAUUGUCCCUUAUAAGUCUACCACAUAUUUCGGUAGGCGUGGGCUAACCCAAUUUAAACCGUUUUAGCAUUGGAAUUUGUGGAGAUGGCAAAUCAGCAAUGAUUAAGUUUGUAGAAUAGUAAAUUCUUAUUUUAUCAUUUCACACAACCAUCCAACCUUGCAAUUAUAAUUCCUAUAUUCAGUGGUUGGUACAGGUCAAGUUUCAACUCACCAUCUUUAAAACAGAAAAGAAAAUAUGUGCAUGUGACAGAGCGAUUAAAUCUAAGAAACUUAUCUUCUAUGUACUUCUGUCGCAAUUCAAAUAUAACAAAGUUAUUAGAGACACAGGUGUCUGUGAGCUUGAAAUGAAAAACUCAAUAUUUUAAAAACCACUAUCUGAUAUCCUUUCCUACUUUUGUAAACAAAAUAAUGAUGCCAUUUUAUUUUGUUAAUUCUGUUGUUAUAUCUUACUUACAUGUGUAUAUAAAGCCCACAUAAACUUACAUGAAGGAGAAUUUGUUUUUGCAUAAAAGAAUGACUAUACAAGAUAGUGUCGACUAUUUACAGUAAUUAAUAAAUUUCUUACUCCGCGCAAAUCAAUGUGUUUGGCCCAGAUUAUAGGCAAGAGGGGGAGUAAGAAUUGAGCAGGAAUUUUUUUAAAUCGGAUGCUACUGUGUGAGUCUGCCAGUACUUUUAAAGCAUUUUACUGUUUAUAUUAUUUGUGUGAUAUCCAUAACCAUCAGUGCUGAUUAGAGCAGUUCUACUUCUGAAGUAGCACAUUCAGAUUUCAUUAGAUGCACCACCAAUAUAACAGCGAUGGUGAGCACAGCCAAGAAAAUGAUGAGCGUGCAGAAGUUUAUGGAGGCAAUCAGCUAUGUGUAUCUCAGCAACCACCCAUCACCCCAUCUGAAAAAGCCCAUAGUGCCCCAAGUGCGACUUGAGAGGCUACCACACCGCACCAUUGAGAAGUACACAAAGAGACGAAGGCAUAAAAGCAAAUCAUCCAAACCUGCCACCUCAAGUUUGAACUCUGGCACAAAAAAGCAUCACAAAAAUACAGGAUCAGUGGGUGCCCCUCCAUCACAUCCCAAAAUGUCCCUUAACCUUCCUCUGACAGAGACUCAGAACACUAGCAAAAAAGGAUAUACUGCAGAAGCACAACACACAAAAACAGUUGUAAGAUCUGAUUUAGGAGGAGUGGGGAAAGAGCCAAGUAUGAGUUUAGAAGCAGACAAAGCAGGAAGGAAUAUACAGGAGGUACCAAGCAGCAGGCUCGAUGCUUUUGACAACAGCCCUUCCAGUGACAGCGAUCUUCCAGAUCUCAUGAAUCCCAUGACCCAUGAGGAUGUCAGGACUAUUAAGAAGACAGAAGUGAAGAAAAAGAAGCCAAGCCCUAAGAAGAAAAGGAGCAAGAAAGAGAAGAAAAGACUAGGCCCCAAAUUAAUGAAGAAAGCAAAAGAGGCUUUUGAAUAUCAACAGAAAAUGUUUUCUCCAGGUAAGAAAGAUGUUACAUCCAAAACAAAAAGAAGAAAAAAUCUUGAAGUUUUUGCAGGAACAAGAGAUUUAUCUACCAGUAGCAGUACGGACAUGGAAUCCAACAUAGUCAUUGUUAAUUGCCAUUCACUGGCUAAUUCCAGUGCAGACCACAUAGAUUUACCAUCCUCGGAACACACUCCCUCCCUCACAACAUCCUCUUCACCUCCUGCUGGCCUUGCAUCAGUGCCUUCAGUGACAGAGUCAUCAACAGAGGCAGCUUCAUUCUCUGAAACAACAGGAAUACCUGCUCUACCAACUACAACAUCCAAGGAGCAAGGAGAGUUCAUUAAGAAAAUUAAAGCUAAUAUGAAAAAAUCCCUUUCAAAAUACAACUUGCCACCUAUAGACAAUGUCAUCAAAGCUCCUGAUAAGACAGCAAAGGCAAUUGGUGAUGGUCCCCAGGCAGGAGAACAUGGGCAAGAAAAGACAUCCAAAGAAAGCACCUUUCAAAGGUUAGUUAGUUCCACUGGAAACCCUCUACAGACUGCAGAAGCAGGAGUACAUCAGCAAGAAAAGGUGCCCAAUGUAUGCAACUUGAAAAACAUAUUCAGUGCUUCUGAAGUUCCUGUAGAGGCUGCAAAGGCAAGUUGCAGUAGCACCCAGCCUGAUAUACAUCAGCAAGAAAAGGCAACCAGUAUAGGUAGUGAGCCAGCAGGAAUUGCAGAUGAAGUCGAUGAUCAUUUAGAGCUGGCAUAUGACAGUGAAGGAAAUGAGUCAACUGACUCUGAUAAGACAGUCAUAUUUGAGAACAGAAGUAUGGAAGAUAAUUUAGAUGUAGAGACAAUUACAAAGGAGAGUGAACGUGUGAGUGAGACUGAGCAUGUAGAAGGAACUAUCAUGAUGAAAGCAAACUCUUCUCAGCCAACUAUUCCACAGGCGGAAAAUUCUGAAGAAAGACUACAGCUGACAGAAGAACAGAGUGAGAAUAAUAACAAUGGGAAUAGAGGAAGCUGCAAGAGGAAGACUCAGGACCUUUUGGAAGACAUGCCAGAUAAAAGAAUAAAAAAAGAAGUGCCACUCGAGAUACCCCAAAACCAGAACGUUGCCAUGGUGAUGAUACCUCUUUGCUCUAAUACUUCAGCCUCCGCUCAUCCAGCUCCAUUGAGUCAUGAGUCUAUUGAUUUUAACAGUAUUGGUAUUACCCCUCCAACCACUAUUCCUAAUGCUCCUCUUGUAACUGCUGCAUUGCCAAGUAACACAGAAUCGACUGGAGAUACAUCCUUCCUAGGAGAACCUGGUGAUGGUGAUCCUCUCCAAGCAGUACAAAACACCAGAGUUCUCCCACCCCUUACCAGGGUUGUACAAGGAAUAACACCCCCGCAGCAGUCAGCAUCUCUCACUAUUCCCAGUUCUUCUCAACUUCCAGUCUCUUGUGUUUCAGGAAGCAGCACUCUCCCUGAUCCCUCAGCUUCCAAAGGUGAAGGAGAAAAAGGAAAUCAGCAGGAGAAUGAAGCAUCAAAAGGAAUAUCGGAAGAAAAUAUAGCUUCUCGCCAAACAACCAAAAAGAACACAGAUUCAAGCACCGAGUUAAGUACAGGCAUCAAGAACCUGAUGUUUUUGGUAAACAAGAAGAGAAAAUGUGAAGAGAAUAUCAACCAAGUGAAGAAAAUUAUGGAGAGGAAAAUAUCUAUCCUAGAAGCAAGAAAGAAAAAAUUGGAGAAAAAAAUAAACAAUGUGCUGGAACAAAUGAACAGAGGCACAGUACCUAUCACCACAGAUGAUGAUGAUGCCUCAGAUAUAAGUGACUCUGAGGACUUGGUGUCUGAUAUUGGUUCCCCAUUAUCUGAUAGAAGCAAAAGCCCAGAAGUCCCUAAAACAAGACCUCCCCCCUCUGCAGAAAUUACUGAAGAGUUACUCAAUGCAGAUGUCAGCAUUACCCAAAGCAAAGCUGCAGCUAAUGCCAGCUCUUGCGCUGGCAGAGCUGCAGUCUCAAACAGUGGUGAUCAAGCUUCUCCCAGUGAUAAUGCUGACACUGGAGCAGAUAACUCAUUUCCAAAUGACAUUACCACCACCAGUGCCUUUAGCUGCCUCCCAUGCAACCAAGAACUCCCUGAAGAGGAGUCAGACAAACAACCAGUUCAAGCCAUCAAAGUGAUUAAGGAUGCGAGUGCUGCCAUGUUUGGCAAGAACACAGAAUUAGAGCCUGUUGUUCAGCAGGUUGCCAAUAGUCGUCCUAAGGAUUCAGAAAUAGUUGCAGGUGCUCCAACCUUAAGAGUGGUCACAGAUCCCAGACCACCCAGAUUGCAGGACCAGAAAACCACCACAAAAGGCAAGAAGCAAAAGUCUACUAAAGUGUCUGCAGCUUCUUCCACACCAGAGACUCAGAAUCCAGUGCCUGCACCUAUACAAAAAGUUCACGAGACAGCACAGUUACCUACUGUAAAGGAGUACCUUAGGAUACUUUGUGAUGAAAUUACAGGAAUAAAGCCUUCCCAAGCCAGUCCUUCCACACAAGCCCCUUCAACUGCAAAAAGGUUAUGGAUACAAAAGCAUGUUGAUCCUCUUCAUUCACAACCUCAAGUGCAACAGUCUGCACAGCAACCUCAACAUAAGCAACAGUCUGUACAGCAGCCCCAACAGAAGCAACAGUCUGUACAGCAGCCCCAACAGAAGCAACAGUCUGCAUUGUAUCAUUAUGUGAGACAGCUGCUUGCACAGAAAACUGAACAACAGCCUGUGCAGCAAUCACAACAGAGACAACAGCCUGUACAGCAACCACAAUACAGACAACAGCCUGUACAGCAACCACAACAGAGACAUCCUAUACUGCAAUCACAACAGGGACAACAACCUGUACAGCAACCACAACAGACACAACUGCUUGCACAGCAACCACAACAAAUACAACAGCCUGUACAGCAACCACAACAGAGACAUCCUAUACUGCAAUCACAACAGGGACAACAACCUGUACAGCAACCACAACAGACACAACUGCUUGCACAGCAACCACAACAAAUACAACAGCCUGUACAGCAACCACAAUACAGACAACAGCCUGUACAGCAACCACAACACAGACAACAGCCUGUACAGCAACCACAACAAAUACAACAGCCUGUACAGCAUCCACUACACAGACAACAGCCUGUACAGCAACCACAACAGAGACAUCCUAUACUGCAAUCACAACAGGGACAACAACCUGUACAGCAACCACAGCAGACACAACUGCCUGCACAGCAACCACAACAAAUACAACAGCCUGUACAGCAACCACAACAGAGACAUCCUAUACUGCAAUCACAACAGGGACAACAACCUGUACAGCAACCACAGCAGACACAACUGCCUGCACAGCAACCACAACAAAUACAACAGCCUGUACAGCAACCACAACAAAGACAGCAGUUUGUACAGCAACCACAACAGGGACAACACCCUGCACAGUAUCCACAACAAAUACAGCAGCAUCCACAGGCACUUCAGCUUCAGUACCACAAACAACAGAUUUCACAACAAAAUUUAAGGUCUUUAUUCAAGCAAGUAUAUAUGCAACAGCCAAUGCAGCAACAAAGUAUACGUCACACCUCUAAGAUUCCACAGCAGCAGCAGGUAUCUGCAUACCCAGCACAAUCACAGGUUCCACACCAAUCACAUCUACAGCAGCAGGUGUCUUUGCAAAUGCAAAUGCAGAUGCAGACUGCAAACAGGAUGGAUGACAGAGCAGCCCUCUACCAAAAUCAGCAGUCACAGCAAAUGCAGAUGCAGCAGAACUCUCGGGGUCAGCUGAUACUCGGGGAGCAGAUACCCUCAGAGGCACCUAUGGUAUCACAGGCAUCUAUGUCUAAUCAAGGUAUUUAUCUUCUUCCUUCUCACCCCAAAUCUUUUUAUGAUAUUUUGCCAGAUUAAGGGCUGUACUUUAAACUUUACUGCCAGUGCUGGCAGUAAAGUUUAUAUUUUAUAAUUUGUCCCAACACUUCUCAUUUUAAUUUCUUAACCCAGUGUCAGUGGGUGAUAAUAAAAAUCUAUUGUCUUUUCAUAUAGAUGGUUCUACAAGUGCUUAGUCACCAAGGAGUCAGCUACUAGUCUUACCUGUCUUCUUUUUUAUUUGAAUGCUUCAUUUCUAUUAUUUUAUUAUCAUUGAUGUUAUUAAUUAUUUAAUAAUCAUAAUAUCAAUAAUAAUAAUAACAAUGUCAAUAUUAAUAGUAUCAAAGAAAAAGACAUUUUCCCACCAAUUCAAGAAUGGGGAAAACAGGAUCGGUCACUAGGGCCAACUGAUGGACUUUGCUGGCUGAGCACAUGUGGACCCAUCUGUAUGUAAUAGAACUUACUAAAAUCUAAAGGGGACAGUGCAUAAAC